UUCCUCUGUAACUCACCUUGGGAAGUGAAAUGGUUGAUUGCAGAGGCUACUGUAGAGCAUUUUGCAUCCAACAUCCUAUACAAGUGCCCUUAUAACAACGAACUGAUACAUUAUCAUGGAGCCCCGGAGAAAGUUACGAGUAACCUCAAGCUCUCAAGUUCAAGGAGCUUGUUGUGAAAGAAUAAUGAUCGACAGGUUUAGUGAUCUCCCGGAUGAAAUUGCUCUUCGUAUUCUUAAUUUUGUUGGUCAAUCUCUCCGGAGUCUCAUUCAAUUGGGUGCUGUGUCGAACAGAUGCAGACGACUUCAUCUAUCUGCGCCAUCCUUGACUAUUAGUUCAAGUUGUGUUUCAAUUUCCUCCAGGUUGCGAACAAGGUUGUUGAAUUACUGGGAAAGGUACUUGUUCAGUCGUGGUGACAAUAAAAUUGAGAACUUUCGCAUUUUCUGGAAAUUUGAUUCCAAAGACGGUGCAAUGAAACGCAGUGAUGAGUUCUUCCGAAUUGCCACAUUGAUCCAGAAUGCAGUAAGGUGUAAUGUUGAAUGUCUUGAACUUACUUUCACUCAAAACUACCUGAAUACAGUUGUGUUACCAUCCUGCAUCUUUCACUGUCAUUCUUUGAUGCAUCUCUACGUGAACUUGAGUGGGGGUGUUAUUCAAUCCCCCUCGUCUUUUCCAAGUUAUUUCCAAUCCUUGAAGUUGCACGAUACUAAGGUUUCAGAUGAUAGAUUUUUCAAAUGGAUCUCAAAUUCCUGCAAAUGCAUAAAGGAUCUACAUCUUUUCAAUGUUGGUGGGAUGGAAAGUAUCACCAUUGAAAGCUCAUCUUUGGAAACAUUCAGUUGUCGGUUAUCUGCUGACAUUUGCAAGGUCCGCAAUCUUAAAAUUGCUGGUGAGAAACUUGAAGAUGUAUGUAUACACUGGGAAUUUUACUCGAGAGGUGCUCCAGUACUUGAUCGUGCAUCUUCCAGCAGAUCAUUAAAUAUUUUUGCUCCGAAGCUCAAGAAACUCACGUGGUGUGGGAACUUUCUGAAUCAUCAGCAUCUUGGGAACUUAACGUGUUUGGAAUAUGCUAGGAUUUUCCUAUGGCCAGACGUAGAGAAGUUCAGCAACUUAUUUGAGGUUCUUUGCAGUUUAUGCAUGGUUAGAACUCUUCUCUUAGGUGAACACACUAUAAAGGCCUUUUUGGUGGAAGGUUCAAUGCCAUUACCAUUGUGUAAUAUUCGUGACCUGACUUUGGAAGUUAAUAAUUUAGAUUAUGACUGUAUCCAAGCAGUGUUGUAUAUUUUCAGAGGAAUCACGACUCUGAACAAAUUGUGCAUAAUGUCUCAUCUGCGUAGGCGAGAGGUAACAUAUGAUGAAACUGAGGGUGAGAAUAAUGUAACGAUUUUGAGUAUGAUCUGUUUCAGUGACACUUCUGAAGAGGAUGAUACUACUGAGGAAGAGGACAGUAUAUUUGAUCUAUGUGAUACUGAUGUGGACAAUUGUGAGACUUCAGAAGAGGAUGAUGCAUAUGUGGAAAAGAAUUAUGAACCCAUAUUUGAUGUUGAGUUCUGGAAGUCGCAAAACCUUAGUUUCACUAAUGAGCUCCAGGAGGUGAUACUGGAGAUUGUAGAGGGUAAUGAUAAUGCGAUGGAGUUAGCAAGGUAUAUUUUGGAGCAUGCUCAGAAUUUGAAGAAAAUGGUGAUUCAUCAUUCACCACAGCAUCCAAAUGUUGUUGAGAUGGUGAGCAAAAUCAAAAUGAUCUCCAGUGCAACAGUAAUUUUAACAGAGAGGCGACUUUGCCCAUUGCGAUGGUAAAGCAUUGUAAUAUUCUAACCUUGGUGCAGUAUGUGAUGCUUCCUUUUGAUUACGGAAACUCUAUCAAGAUUAUAUCUUGAUCUUUAAUAUUUGUGAAGUGUAAGAGACUAAAACUACUUUAUUUCUAAUAUAUUGUAAGCUAAAUGCAUUUUGAACCUUCAGUCUUAGCCCCAAAGUGCAUCAAGGAUCUUGUCUUC